AUGGCGACCCCGCCUCCCGAGGCACCUUCUGUCCCGAAGGAGGAGAAGCCUCAGCUCCCUCCGUCGCCAAAUGGUGCAGCUGAUGACGCGACCGGCAAGGGUGCGCAGGACUCCGUAACCGAUGCGAAGCCAGACGCCGGGACCAAUGGAGACCAGAAAAUCACCGAGGCCUCCACUCCGGUGAAUGGCCAGCUUCCUGAGAAAGCUUCUUUCACAAAUGGUGCAAACAUGACCACAUCCCCUCCCAAGUCGCCUGCUGCCACUGCGGCUGAUACUCCGACCCAAUCUGCCGCGCCGACCAAGGAAGCCGAGCCCUCCAACCCGGAUACUCCUGCGACGGAAGAUGCAAAGGAAAAAUCCGACGAUAAACUUGCGGCAGGCGGAUUGGAUACCCAAGAAAAUGCCAAUGCCGCUUCAAAGGUUGCGUCCAAAGACCAGCCUCAGGACGAGUCCAAGCCAACACCAUCGGAUGGCAAUACCACGCAGGUAGAGGACGCUUCGACGGUGAAGACCGCACUACCUCAUCACCCCCCGACCGUUGCACAGCCCGGGGGUACUUCGCACGAGGGCACCCCGGGCACUCCGGGCACUCCUAGUAACGAUGCUGCGGUCGCGGCGCCUCAGCAGAGUGCUGACCAGGAGAUGCGGGAUGCGCCGGAAGUUCCGGCUUCCCCUACGAAAGUGUCCAGAGAACGUGAACCCGAACCGAGUGACGAACCCGCCGCGAAGCGCACGAAGAUCGGGGGUGAGGACACGGAACCUACGGAGUUCAAGGUCCCGACCCUUCCCACCCCUACCGCAGAAGGACCCGCGAGAUUCGCGGUGAAUGGCCAAAAUGGAAUGACCAAGGUCCAGCACAAGUUUCUUCUCAAGGGCAUCCAGAGUUUGAAGCGCAUGAAUGAUGCGCGCUUCUACCGUGACCCUGUCGAUCCCAUCAAGUUGAACAUCCCCCACUACCCGACUAUCAUCAAACAACCCAUGGAUCUAGGUACCAUCGAGCGGAAGCUGAAGGCCAAUGAGUACAAGACGGUCCAGGGUGUUGUGGACGACUUCAACCUCAUGGUUCAGAAUGCAGUGACGUUCAAUAGCGCCGACCACCUUGUUUCCAAGGAAGGCGAAAGACUCAAGGGCACUUUCGAAAAGCAGAUGGUCAAUCUUCCCAAGGCCACCGAAGUGGAGGAGAAGAAGCCCAAGAAGUUUUCCACCAAGACGUCAGCAGCCCGCCGGGAGCCCCGGACCAGUACGGGCAGUCAGCCCCCGAGCCGAGUCUCCGAGAGCUCUCCUCAAACAACAACUUUCGCCUUGGGCCCGGAGGGCCUACCGCUCAUCCGUCGCGAUUCGACCACGGUCGAUGGCCGCCCCAAGCGUUCCAUCCAUCCCCCGAAGCGUGAUCUCCCCUACUCCACGAAGCCGAAGAAGAAGAAGUACCAGUGGGAAUUGAAAUUUUGCCAGGAGGUCCUGGAUGAUCUCUACAAGCCGAAGCACUAUCUGUACGCGUCACCGUUCUACGCGCCCGUCGAUCCGGUCGCUCUGAAUAUCCCUACCUACCACAGCAUUAUCAAGAAGCCCAUGGAUCUUUCCACCGUUCAAUCAAAGCUCAAGACCGGCCAAUACGAGAACGCAAAGGAAUUCGAGACGGACGUACGUCAGAUCUUCAAGAACUGUUACAAAUUCAACAUUCCCGGCGAUCCCACCUAUCAGGCCGGGCAGAAGUUCGAAGAAGUUUUCAGCGCCAAGUGGUCCCAGAAAGGGCGCUACCUGGAGGCCCAUGAACCACACCCAGAGCCCCAUAGUGCCUCCUCCUCUGAAGAUGAGAGCGAGGAUGAAGCCGAGGAGAGUGAUGUCUACGAUGACGAGAAACUCACCAUGCUUCAGAAGCAGAUCGCUGAGAUGUCACGUCAAGUGGAUGCCAUCACUCAGAAGAAGAAGAAGACGCCACCUCGGUCUAAGAAGGCUGGGAAAACGGCCAAGUCUGGAAAGAAGGAAAUCAAGAAGUCCUCGUCCGUCAGCGUUGGCAAGAAAGACAAGAAAAUCUCGUCCAAGUCGACCAAGCCUGAGAAGGAGCGUUGGAUCACCUACGGCGAAAAGCAGAUCAUCUCCAAUGGCAUUAGUAGCCUUCCGGAUAAGAAGAUGCAGGAGGCUCUCAGGAUCAUUCAGAGCAACGUUCCAGCUCUCAAGGGUACUCAAGAGACCGAGAUCGAGUUGGAUAUUGAUGAGCUUCCCAACGAUGUUCUGAUGAUGCUGUUGAGAUUCGUCAAGAAAAAUGCUCCGCAUGUGAUGGAAGACGAGGAGGUCCAAACGCCCAUUGCGCAACAACCGGCUCCUCCCAAACCCAAGAAGAACAAGCCUAUGAGCAAAUAUGAACAGGAAGCUCAGAUCAACAUGCUUGAGAGCAAUCUGUCUCGCUUCCAGGGCGGCGGUGGUCGUUCUCCCGACCCAGUCCCUUCAGUUGAAGCCAACGAAAGCAGCGAUGACUCAGACGACGACUCCGAAGAGAGUGAAGAAGAAUGA